UACAUACUGAACACAAGAAAACUGUUGACCCAUACAAAUAGCACAUUUUUAUAGACAUUCAGUAAGAGUAUAGUAUACCUACCAAGAGACAAUUGAUACCAAUACCUACACUAUGAUUCAGUUAGAAGAAAGGGGAAUGCCUCAAAUCCCAGGAUCAAGACUAGAUGAUGGAGAAGCAAGAGAAUUACGAGGAAUGGUGGCAGACUUACUUGGACGAAGAAGUACAGGAUUUCCUGGAUCACAACCAGUAUCAUUUGAAAGAAAACAUUUAGAAGAUACUUUAAUGAAUAAAGAUUAUUUUGUAUGUGAAAAGACUGAUGGAUUAAGAUGUCUACUAUUUAUAAUAUAUGAUAGUGAAAAGGGUGAAGGAGUAUUUUUAAUUACUCGAGAAAAUGAUUAUUAUUUUAUACCAAAUAUUCAUUUCCCAUUAACCGCAAAUGAAACACUUGAAAAUAGAGAGUAUCAUCAUGGAACUCUUCUAGAUGGAGAAUUAGUAUUACAAAGUAAAAAUGUUAGUGAACCAGUACUAAGAUAUUGUAUAUUUGAUAUCUUAGCAAUAAAUAGUAAGACUGUAGUUGAUAGACCUUUAACUAAGAGGUUGGGUCAUAUUACUGAAAAUGUUAUGAAACCAUUUGAUAAAUUUAAAUUGAGGUAUCCUAAAAUUGUGAAUUCUCCUGAAUUCCCCUUUAAAGUUAGUUUUAAAAUGAUGACUUUUGCUUAUAAAGCUGAUGAUGUUUUAUCUAAAAAGGAUCAAUUAUUUCAUGAAUCUGAUGGUUUAAUCUUUACUUGUGCUGAAACUCCUUAUGUUUAUGGAACAGAUCAAUCUUUACUUAAAUGGAAACCAGCAGAAGAGAAUACCAUUGAUUAUCAAUUAGAAUUUAUAUUCAAUGAAUUCCAAGAUCCAGACAUUGAUGAAAAGGAUCCUUCAUCUACAUAUACAGACUAUGAUACUAAACCAAAUUUAAUUAAAUUGAAAGUAUGGCAAGGAGAUAGAGUUCAUACUGACUUUGCUAAAUUAGAUUUGAGUGAUGAAGAUUGGGAAAAAUUAAAGGACUUAAAUGAACCUCUUCAAGGCAGGAUAGCUGAAUGUAGACAAAGUAUUACAAAACCAGGUUAUUGGGAAAUGUUGAGAUUCAGAAAUGAUAAGAGUAAUGGAAAUCAUGUAAGUGUAGUAGAAAAGAUAUUACUCAGUAUUAAGGAUGGUGUAAGAGAACAGGAAAUAAUUGAUGCAUGUCCCGAAAUUCUGGAGAGAUGGAAAAGAAGAGAAGCUGAAAGAAGGAAACGAUCUCAUUCUCAAUCUCAUGGUCCUGUUCCUGCUCAACAUCUGGCACCAGUAAAACGUCAUCAUGAAGAAGAACGUGAACGUGAACGUGAACCAGUUGUAAAAAGACCUAAAGUCGAAGAGAGACGAGAGGUAUUAGACGAUUUACCUACUUAUGACGACAGUGAUGACGAAGACUAAACAUUUUAGAUGUAUGUAAUAUACCAAUAUGUAUAAUAUAAAGUUCUAUUAAUAAGUGUUACAACAUAAAUCAGGGAUGUAGUCUGAUUC